GGAUCAAGUCAAGCGGUCUUUGACUUGGUGACACUUGGCCCUCUGAAUUUGCAACGGCGCAUUCGCGAACGACCGCCGAUGUGAGACCUCGAAGUGAAGAGGCGGUCGAAUUUCGCGGUCGCGCCUGAAGAGAUCGAGAACCCGGGUCCGUCCGCGUCACCGGGAGCCGCUUCGUUGCUGGAUCGUAUUCGGGGACGCGUCACCGACAUUCAUCCCGCGCGGGACCCGUCAGCCAGGCAGGCGACGUCAGAUCGGCGGUCGUUCGAUCGUCCGGCGGACGUCUCGGCCGUCGCCGCGCGAAGAACCGGCCGCGUCAGGCGGAGGCGUAGGGGAGGAGGUGGAGGUGGCGGUGGUGCUGGUGCUGCUGCUGCUGCUGCUGCUGCUGCUGGUGGUGGUAGCAGUAGUGGUGCAGGAGGAAGGCCCGUGGACGUGCAACAAGUUAAGAGGCCGCCGCCGUCGACGUCGCUGUCGCCGCCAACCUUCUCGACAGCACGAUGUGACAUGGAUAUCCUCGCCGUAGCCUGCGCCCUCGUCGCGACGGCACUCUACUGCAACACCCUGCAAGCGGGUUUCGUCUACGAUGACCGAAGAGCCAUCCUGACAAAUCCCGACCUGCUGGCGAGCACACCUUGGUACCGAUUGUUCGAGAAUGACUUCUGGGGAACACCGCUGACGGAACGUGGCUCACAUGGAAGCUAUCGACCGCUCUGUGUGGCCACCUUUCGUCUGAACCAUUUUCUAGGUGGUCUCGAACCCUGGGGCUACCAUCUGGUGAACGUGGCAUUACACGCCGCCUGUACCGUUCUCGUGGUCAAGGUCGCCAGAAAGGUCCUACCAGGAAGGAGCAAUCUCGCGCACGCGAUCACAGGUUUCCUGUUUGCGGUCCAUCCCAUUCACAGUGAAGCUGUGGCUGGUAUAGUCGGACGUGCCGACCUUCUUGCCUGUUUCCUGACCUUGACAUCUUUCCUGACGUAUUCAGCCCAUUGUAAUCGCACGAGACCGUCGUUUCCUUUGCUGCUGGCCCUAGUGUCGUCGACGUUGGCCACCCUUGCCAAGGAAACGGGCAUAUCGUCCUUGGCUCUCUGCCUUCUGUGGGAACUCUGUCGUGGUGAGCCAAGUCGAAAGGGCAACUGCAGCGUGUUCACUCGGGGUCGUAGCGUCGGUAUUCUAUCGGGCGGUCUCGCGCUGCUCGCGCUGGGUCGGCUCAAGCUUGUCGGCAGUAGGCCGGAAUUCGCGAGCGCGGACAAUCCAACGGCGAGGCAUCCGUCGCGACUGACGCGCAGUCUGACGUUCCUAUACCUCCCGGCGGCCAGCGCGAGAAUGUUACUGUGCCCGAGCACGCUGAGCUUCGACUGGUCUAUGGACGCCGUGCCGCGCAUAACGAGCCCAUUCGACCCACGGAAUCUCGAGUCUGUGUGCCUGUACGCCGUUCUAAUUGCCGCGACAUUCUGGGCAGUUAGAGGUCUGCGACGACCCUGCCGCGACUCGACGAUGGGCCUAUUUCAACAAACGUAUCCACGAUCGGCGUCGUCCAGGUGUCCCGUGUGCGCCGGCAGGCGUAUCGGCGGUUGCCAUACGGACGGCUGUCGGGCGGCGAACAACAAUAACAACAGUCCGUUCGGCGAUUGUCAUUGUGCCAAGAGACCAAACAGCAAUGCUGGCGUGAACGGUGGUGUUAACGUCGGCAGUCGACGAACAGCGGCCACCGCCGUUGCCGUUUCCCUGGGCUUCCUUGUGCUUCCGUUCCUGCCAGCGAGCAAUCUUUUCUUCUACGUGGGCUUCGUCAUAGCCGAGAGGAUACUGUACCUGCCCAGCGUGGGCGCCUGUUUGGCGGUCGGCGCCGUGGUAUCCGGAUGUUACCGGAUAGCGAGAAGAAACGGGUCCAGAACACGCGGCAGAGCGGUGCUGUUAGGGACGGCGAUUCUCAUCGGCGUGUUGUCAGCGAAAACACUCGUGAGAAAUGCCGACUGGAGGGACGAGGAGAGCUUGUACAGAUCCGCGCUGCACGUCAAUCCUCCGAAAGCUUAUGGAAAUUUGGGCAGCAUUCUCAGCGAGCAGGGGCGAGUAGCCGAAGCGGAAGAAGCGUUCGUUCAAGCUCUUCGCUAUCGACCGAACAUGGCAGAUGUGCACUAUAACUUGGGCAUCUUACAACAGGGCAGAAAGAAUUACGACGAGGCGAUUUUGAGUUAUCAACGAGCCAUUCAUUUCCGACCUUCGUUAGCUCAGGCUUAUGUGAAUCUGGGAGCCGCGUUGAUUUCGGUCGGACGGGGCACUGAUGCAGCUGCGGUUUUGCGCGCCGGUGCAUCCUUGGAUGGCUCCGGUUUGAAGGACAAAAGGGCUCACGAGGCGGCCAGGGUGCAGGCCCUUCUUCAAUUAGGCGCGCUGUAUGCCGAUCAGGGUAGAUUACAAAGAGCUCUGUCGGCAUAUAGGGAAGCCCUGCGUGCCCUACCGGAUCACUAUCCACCUCAGAGCGUGUACAAUCUGCUAGGCGAGACGCUGUCGAGGCUGCAACAGUAUGCGGAAGCGGAGAGGUGGUUUCAGGCGAGUUUGGCCAGCCAGCCUGACCACGUGCCGGCCCACAUCACUUACGGGAAACUUUUGGCACGGAACUCGAGCCGUGUCCUGGAAGCGGAGAGAUGGUUCCUGAGGGCCCGCAGGUUGGCACCGGACGACCCCAGUGUGCACCAUCAUUACGGGUUGUUCCUGACGUCGCAGGGUCGACUGGUGGAGGCUGCCGAAGAGCAGCUGCGAGCGGCCGAGCUAGUGCGGUCCGAUUAUGAGCUGUCGGUCGCGGCGGCCUCGGCGCUGAGGCAGGCCGAUCGUCGCGAUGAGGCCGAGGUCUGGUAUCGACACGCGGCCAGUCUAAGGCCGCACGAGGCCCGCAGUCAUACGAAUCUCGGGGCAAUCCUACACUUGAACGGCAAGUACAAGCAAGCCGCCGCGGCUUACAAGGAGGCUCUCAGGUUGCAGCCGGGCGACGCGACGACCAUAACGAAUCUGCACAAACUAGCGGCGAUCUUGGCGUGACCUGAAGAAGCCGAAGGUGAUGGCGAUGAAAGAGAGCAAGGACGGAGAGAUGAUAAGACAGACGACAGUGUGUACUAUACGAUCCCGCGCGACGAAGAGGAUCCCAUCUUACCGAUCUUAUCGUGUAUCCCGAGACCCCCUACCGGCCCGAUCUUCCUACUGAUAUUUGUUUAUAUCUCUGCGUCGUCGGUGACGCGCGCGUUUGUCGUUUGCAUCGACGAUGCGCGGCCGACUCGUAUCGCCUGCUAUG